AUGGGCAUAAUUUCGAGGAAAAUACUCCCAGCUUGUGCAAACAUGUGUGUCUGUUGUCCGGCUCUGAGGUCACGGUCUAGGCUACCUGUGAAGCGAUACAAGAAACUGCUAGCAGACAUUUUUCCAAAAUCAGCUGAUGGCUCUCCAAAUGAACGGAAAAUUGCAAAAUUAUGUGCAUAUGCUGCUAAAAACCCUUUCCGUACCCCCAGAAUUGCAAAUUAUCUUGAAGAAAGAUGCUACAAGGAGCUGCGAAACCGUCAUAUCAAAAUGGUUAUUGUUAUCACAGAGGUGUAUAAUAAGUUGCUCUGCACAUGCAAAGAGCAAAUGGCAUGUUUCGCUACAAACCUUCUGAAUGUUUGUAUUGCACUUCUGGAUGACAAUAAACGAGAUACGGUCCGUAUAAUUGGAUGUCAGACCCUAACUAGAUUCAUCUAUAAUCAGGUGGAUGGAAGUUAUGCGUAUGACCUGGAAAACUUAGCUCCAAAAAUUUUUGUGCUAGCCCACAAAACUCAGGAAGGAGAUGAGAAAAUCCACUUAAGGGCAGCAAGCUUGCAAUGCCUUUCAGCCAUGAUUGUACAUGUCACUUUAGAAAACUAUGAGCCAGAUAGACUCGAUGAAGCAAAUCAUAACUGGGUCCAUGAAGUGGUUAGAUGUGAAGGGAGGGAUGUUGGCAGUGAAAUAAGUUCUAGCUACAUGAUUGCUAGGCCACGUAAAGAAAAGAAAGAUCCUUCCCUUUUAACCAGAGAAGAGAUUGUGAUGCCGAAAGUUUGGGCUCAAGUAUGCAUUCAAAGAAUGGUAGAACUGGCUAGAGAAAGUACAACCAUGCGACGAGUCUUGGAUCCAAUGUUUGUCUAUUUUGAUACUAACCGACAGUGGGUUCCACUUCAUGGAUUAGGUUUUGUGGUUCUAUCUGAUGUGGCUUACUUUGUGGAGAGUCCAGGAAAUCAGCAGUUGAUAUUAGCCUCUCUUGUUCACCAUUUGGACCACAAAAAUGUUUCACAUGAUCCCCAAGUUAAAUCAUACAUCAUGCAGACUGUUACAGCUCUGGCUCGACAAGUCAGGUCUGAAGUUGCACUCACAGAUAUUGGAUACAUUAGUGACCUUUGCAGGCAUUUGAAGAAAAGCCUUCAAGCAACUGUUGAAUCAGUCAAAGAACGGGAGCUUAACUUGAAUACAUCACUCCAGUCUUCGGUUGAAGAUUGCUUACUCGAACUUGUGAGAGGGAUCGCUAAUGCACGGCCUCUGUUUGAUAAGAUGGCUAUGACACUUGAGAAACUGCCUACCGGAGGAGUUGUUGCCUGGGCAAUUACUGGAUCGAUGAUUAUCCUUGCCCAUAUGAUCGUGGUAUCUUCGAAUUCACUGCAGGUCUUUCCAGAGGGUCUUCAUCUUCAGCUAUUGAAAUUAAUGGUGCAUCCAGAUGUCGAAAUACGUUCCGGUGGACAUCAUAUAUUUUCGGUUCUUCUCAUCCCAAAUUCUAAGCAUUUAAGACAUGAUGCCUCUAAUCACACAAGAUGGAGGUCGGAUGCUGCAUCUGUGUUUACCUCAGUUGCAUCUCUUCUUGACAAGCUUCAGAAAGAAAAUGACGGAACCAGAGCCGGAAAACGUGAAUUUCGUACUCUUGAAAAAAUUAUGAAAAAGGGUAACACAGAGUCCAAGAUGAAGCAGGUCAAAAAAUCCCCAAAUUUUCAGAAAUUAUGUUCUAUCAUGGACAAAAAUGGCGAAGAAAUUACAGUUUCAGAUGCAGAACCAUCUGUUAUGAAGUUUAACGAGGAUCAAAUAACGCAAUUGAUGUCAACAUUCUGGAUACAAGCCAAUCUUCCUGAUAACACACUUUCGAAUAUUGAAGCUCUAGCUUAUUCCUUCUGCUUAACGCUUGCUACUUUGCAGCUUAUGAACCCCGAUGAGAAUCUCGUAGUUCGCAUCUUUCAACUUCCCCUAUCACUUUGGAAGAUAUCAUUGGAUUGCAGCCAUGAAAUGUUGUGUCCGGCCCACCGGAGAUCACUUGUUACAUUAUCAACUGCAAUGUUGAUGUUUGCUGCAAAGAUUUAUCGGAUUCCUCAUAUUGCUGAUAUACUUGAGCCAAUACUUUUAUCUGAUGCGGAUACCUACUUGGGUAUCAGUGACGAUUUGCAAGUUUAUGUGAAGCCUGAGGCAGAUGUAAGAGAAUAUUGUUCUGGCCAUGAUAAUCAAGUGGCUGCUUGCUUGCUCAUUGACUUGCGUAGCAAAAUGCACGAAUCUUACAAAACCAUCAUCGAAAUUUUAGUCCAGAACUUAUCUAACACUACCCAGGUGGAAGAAGAGGAGCUACAUGUUGAAUUAUUGGAAACUUUCGCACCUGAUGAUUCUAUACAAUCGAUACUUCAUCUGGAUCAUGUCUGUAGAGCUUCUCGUUCAAAAGAAGCCCCUUCUCUCAACACGGGAAAUAGGAUAGUUGAGGAUGAUGCUAUGAGUGAAUCUUCUGUUUCAGAUCUUUCCCAAUUUGUAUCGACAACUCCUACACCAAACUCCAUGUCUCAUGUUAUUAGCAUCCGACAGCUUCUCGAAUCAGCAAUUGAAGUAGCUGGUGAAGUGGCUGGAACAUCCAUUUCAGUUUCUCCAGUGCCGUUUGAUGCCAUGGCUGGCCGAUGUGAAGCUCUUGGUGCUGAUUCAAGAAACAAGAUCUCCACCUGCUUUUCUCAUCCAAACUUCAAAAAAGGUGAUGAAGACGCAGAAAUUUUUGGCGCAAGGACGAUGGUCUUGAGGCUGCCUCCUACCAGCUCUUUUGAUAACUUUCUCAGAGCAGCUAGAUGUUAA